AUGGAAGUCAAAAGAACGUAUAAGAAUACUGAAGAAUCUGAACAUUGCGAAAAUAAGGACUGUGUUACUUAUUCUGUUGGAGAAGGCUUAAAACAAGGGUUAUUUAAUCAGUAUGGAAAUGCAUACAGAAUUAAACUUUUGAUUUGCGUAUUUUCGCUUUGUGUAUUGGUAACGCAACUUUUGUGUAUAGCUUACAUUUUAUGUGAGAUUUUUAAUGCAGAAUCGAUUGAUGCUAGUAGACUGUCCACGUGCGAUGAAUGUAAGAUUCUGACCAGGUGUGAUGAGGAGGAAACAACAGAACAUUCAACAAGGGGGGCGUGCUGUAGAGGAUCCUCCAUCUCUGCUUAUACGCAUCUUAUUUCUUUGAUCACUUCUCAAAAGCUGCUGUCGGGAAGCAUAAUUUCCAAAUCUUCAAGUGGACUCGACAAAAUAUUAGCUUUCCAAGCAUCCCCAAGUGCAGAAUUAAAAGCAGAUGGUCAUUUAAUAUGGAUGGAAGAAAUGUCCGUUGCAUUCACGCAGUUUACAACAGAAUUGAGUCACAACAACACAGUUUUCAUAGUACCCAGAUCUGGCUGGUAUAACGUCGAGAGUAUUUUCCAGACGAAAUCUGCAGUGGAGAAUAGCCAGUCAAACUUUAGACAUUCCUUAGUGCAACUAAAAAACAAAUAUAGCGGCAACAUCUCAAGAGUUUUGUUACAUAGUGACAUACAAUGGACUAAAGGGGAGAUGGCAUUUCAAUCCACGCACCUGUCAGCACUAUUUUGGUUGGACAGGGGAACCAAGGUGUACCCUUUGCUUUCGAAUAUAAAUUUGUUGUACAAUGCCAAGUCUUGUAACCGGUUUACUAUGUAUUUUAUCCAUGAUUGACUUUCGAGCACAUUUUGUUUUAACCAGUUUCGUACUGAAUAUGUUCUGUUAUAUACACAAUGUUUUAUAUAUUUGUUACUACUGUCGUUAAGUAAUAAAGUCAUAUUUACAAAACAAGAAUAUUU